AUGCAGUCAGGAAUCUCAGCUUCCAAGGAGCUCGUCUCCCAGUUCAACACCCUCCUAUCGUCCGACUCCUAUUUUGGGCUCCUCAUCAACAUCGCCAAUGAAACCCUCAAUCCUCUGGAGCUCCUCAACUCCACGUCAUCCGACUUCGCCUCCAAUCUGUCCUCGCUGACCCCCACCUCGACCCCAAGCAACCUCUCUACAUCCUCCUGCGCCGCUACCCCACCUCGCCGCGUCUCGUCGCCGUCACCUACAUCCCCGACACCGCCCACGUCCCACUUUCGGGAAACCAUCUUCGCCACCACCGCCGCCGAGCUCACCCCGGAGGGCUUCAGGAAGCACGAUGCCCAUACCAAGCUGGAGGCGCCCCUUACCGAAGAAGAGCAGAGCCUCGGCGCCGUCAAGAGGGCUGAGAUGGAGGCCGGCCUAGGCAGCGGGAAGAAGGAGAUUCACCUCAGCAAGCACUUUGCCAUGCCAGUCAAGCAGGAUGCGCUGGACGCUAUCUCUGACCUCGGCAACGGAGGACGCACCGUCGUCAUGCUGAAAAUCAACCCCGAGACGGAGAACGUCGAGCUCAUUCCCGAAAGCCCAAGCCCGAGUUCCAUCUCGGAAUUGACACAAGCCAUUUCGGAUAAGGAGCCCCGCUUCACCUUCUACCGCUUCACCCACAACCACAACGGAGCCGAGUCAAGCCCAAUCUUAUUCUUCUACACUUGCCCUGCUACUGCGGGCGCGCGGUCAAUCAAGAGCCGCAUGCUCUACCCGCUGAUGAAGAGGGCCGUCCUCGAGGUGGCCACAUCCAGCUGCGGAAUCGAACUUGAGAAGAAGUUCGAAGUGGAGGAGCCUAGUGAGCUCACUGACGAGACCGUACUGGCCGAGUUGCAUCCUGUAGCCCAGGUCAGGCAAGGGUUCAGCAGGCCUAAGCGUCCCGGCAGGUAA